AUGGGUGCAUAUUCAAUGGGAGCACAUCAAGAUACUGAGUUUUUAACUAUCAGAACGUACAAAAGUGAACACAUUCAUCAUGCACAGGACAACUUAAUUGUUUCUCACUCAGGAAGGUCAAAUUUAGCUGCAUCAAUUGUGAUUGAUGACUUGAGGUGCAAUGUUGACAAGAGUCCUAAUGAAAUUAGAAAGGACUUGUAUAAAGAAUAUGGAGUGCAAUUGAACUAUACUCAAGCAUAUAGGGUUAGGAAAAGAGCACUAAUGGAAUUACAUGGUCAAGUAGAAGAUUCUUAUAAGGUAAUCCCUUGGAUGUGUGAGAGACUAAUAGAAACUGAUCCUGACACAGUUGCAAGAUGGGAAGGCUCAGAUAGCAACCGAUUUGAGAGGCUAUUCAUUGCAUAUGGAUGCUCAAUUAAAGGCUUUGUGGAAGACAAUGAGUUGUUUCUUUUAGCAUAUGGUAUUGUUAGUGGAGAAACAAAUGAUGAAUGGAUUUGGACAGUAUUUGAUGGUGAGAGACAUGCUUUUUGCUAUCGACAUGUGAAAGAAAAUUAUAACGUGCAGUAUGUAAAAAUCAAUAGAGGUGUGAGAUGGACCUCAGAAAAUAACAAGGAGAAUGCACUUAAUUUACUUGAUGGAAUUGCAUAUGCAAGGCAUAAGAAUGAGUUUAAUGUUGCAAUGGGAAAUUUAAGAUUGUUUUGUCCUCAAUUGGCACAAUGGUUUGAAUCUCAUGGGGAUGUAGAUAGAUGGGCGCAAAGUAAAUUUUCUUUUAAGAGAUGGGAUAACAUCACCAAUAAUCUUGCUGAGUCUUUUAAUGCAUGGAUGUUGAAAGAAAGGAAGCACGCCUUGCCGGUUUUGAUACAAGAGCAUCAAGAGAAGUUGGCCAAGAAGAUGGUUGCUAGCAAAACGGGGAUGAGAAGCUGGAAAAAUAGUGUAGGACCCAAUAUUGAAUCAAAGUUGUCAGAACAAAUAGCAAGAGGUGUAUAUAUGGAGGCAACAUAUUAUGGUGAUGACCAUAUUUCGGUGCAGACAAUACGUGAGGGACACAUCAUCUAUGUUGUUUUGUUGAUCUGA